GCAAUCUCCCUCACUGUCUCUGGGGAGACCAGUUCUAAAGCGCCUCAAAGAAUCAUAAAUUAUGAGAGAACUCUGAAAUUCUUUCACAAUUUCGUCCUUGCACAGAGAUCGAAUUUUAGUGCUUCUCCAAGAAGUUCCCUGUCUUCCAUCUCGGUCUUCGCCUACUCUUUCACAGGUAAACAGUAAGCAAAUGUCCUAUGAGUGUGGGAUUCAUGGCGUACUCUAGACUGCACUGAAGAGAGAGAAAGUAGCUGCAUGAAUGAAGAAAUAACCAUUUGGGAUUUCCUUAGCCCGAUUUAGGCUCUCUGUCACAAGCGUUGCCGGGUUGAGGAGGUAAAAAUGGAGAAUGGUGAAAGCAGCAGCAGCAAUGAGAGGCACGACGUGUGCAAGGACGACUCGUGCUCUCGCCAGUUCAGCAAUGGCUCCAAUCCUUGGAUGGCAAGAUAUGUUUACGGCUUGAUUUUUCUAGUUUCAACUCUUCUAGCAUGGACUGCUCGAGAUUAUGGCAGCAACGCCUUGAUGGAAGUGAAGAGAUUAAGAGGAUGCGAAGAUUCAAGAGACUGUUUGGGUGCUGAAGCAGUUCUGCGAGUGAGCUUGGGGUGCUUUACAUUUUUUAUCACAAUGUUUUUUUCAACAGUUGGCACCUCAAAGUUGGAUGAGCCCAGAGAUUCUUGGCAUUCUGGAUGGUGGUCUGCAAAGAUAGUUAUGUGGAUUGCCUUUACUACCAUCCCUUUUUUGCUUCCCUCUGGCAUUAUUAAGCUCUAUGGGGAGAUUGCACAUUUUGGUGCCGGGGUCUUUCUUCUAAUUCAGCUGAUAAGCAUUAUCAGCUUCAUUAUGUGGCUGAAUGAUCAUUGUCGGCCAGAAAAAAGUGCAGAAAGAUGCCAAAUCUAUUUGAUGUUACUUGCAACGACUGCAUAUGUUGUGUGCUUGGGGGGGAUCAUUUUGAUGUAUAUUUGGUAUGCACCGGAGCCAUCUUGCAUCCUUAAUAUUUUCUUCAUUACUUCAACAUUGGUACUCCUCCAACUCAUGACCAGUGUCUCUCUUCACCCAAAAGUGAAUGCUGGCAUAUUGACACCAGGGCUCAUGGGGCUUUAUGUGGUCUUUAUCUGUUGGUGUGCAAUUAGGAGUGAACCAACAGAGGGAAAGUGCAUCAGGAAUGCAGGAGCUACAGACAAAACAGACUGGCUUACCAUCAUAAGCUUUGUUGUUGCUGUGCUUGCGAUUGUUAUUGCAACGUUUUCAACAGGCAUAGAUUCCAAAUGCUUUCAGUUCAGGAAGGAUAGGACACACGGCCAAGAUGAUGUUCCGUAUGGUUAUGGCUUCUUCCACUUUGUGUUUGCCACAGGAGCUAUGUACUUUGCAAUGCUAUUGAUUGGUUGGAAUACUCAUCUUUCCAUGAAAAAGUGGACGAUUGAUGUGGGGUGGACCAGCACAUGGGUCAGAAUAGUGAAUGAGUUGCUGGCAGUUUGUGUCUACCUAUGGAUGCUGGUGGCUCCACUCGUAUGGAAGUGCAGGCAGACAGAAUCCACAUGAGACGUUCAAAAAAUGUCCGUCGUUUUUUUUUUUUUUUUGGACAUUAUCCCUCAUUGAUUGUACAUAUAUGGAGAUUCCUUUGUCCUUUGUCCCCUUGCACAUAUAGGAAAAGGAAUUGCAAUAUACUCAGGCUGAAGCCAGUGCAGCCCAGCAUACACAUACGAAGGUACGGACUGUAUUAUUCUAGUUGCAUACGAAGACGAUAUUCAAACCUUCGGCUCCAUGCGAAGGGUAAGCAAAGAAAACACAGAUUAUUCAUACCGCUUAGAGAGAUUAGAUCCAUCUUUGUUAUUUGUAAAUACAGUACUGGCAGAGAUUUUUCUAGACAAGUAAACUGACAGAGAUUUAUGCCUAUCUAAUAGAACCAUAGAG